UGCAAUGAGUUAGCAGCCGUGCUGAAGGCUGGGUUGUUAUUGUGGGACUCAAAGUGGUCUGAGUCUCAGACCCUUAGUGUUCAAGUUCGUUUUGACUUUUGUGGUAGUAAUUUGAUCCCUAAUCGCUGCUCCAGGAAAAUUUGGGCUGAAAGUAGACGGCAGAAUCUGCAAAGAGGCCAAGACAGACACCAUUUGAGGACAUGAUCUGAAUGCACUGCAGAGAAAUGAAAGCACACCUCUGUUUGUUACCUUGAAGCAAGACUUUAGAGUGGGCGCAGUGAGGAUCCAAACAUGACCAAGGAGGAGGAGCUACCAGACUGGCAUUCGGCCCAGGAAUUUUAUCAGAAUUAUGACCCGAAGGAAAUUCUGGGCAGAGGGGUAAGCAGCGUGGUUCGUCGGUGCAUUCACAAACCCACCAGCCAAGAGUAUGCGGUUAAGAUUAUAGACAUCACAGCUGGUAAUUUAUCCCCAGAGGAGGUCCAGGAGCUGAGGAAAGCCACUAUCAAGGAGAUAGACAUCCUUCGGAAGGUCUCAGGACAUCCCAAUAUCAUUCAGCUGAAGGAUAGUUAUGAAUCCCACACCUUUUUCUUCUUGGUGUUUGACCUAAUGAAGAGAGGAGAGCUCUUUGAUUACCUCACAGAGAAAGUCACCUUAAGUGAGAAGGAAACCAGGAAGAUCAUGCGUGCACUGCUGCAAGUGAUCCAAUACCUCCAUUCCAUGAACAUCGUCCACAGAGACCUGAAGCCGGAGAACAUUCUCCUGGAUGACAACAUGAACAUCAAGCUGAUGGACUUUGGCUUCUCCUGCGAGUUGAAUAGGGAUGAGAAGCUCAAAGAAAUCUGUGGCACUCCUGGUUAUCUAGCACCUGAAAUAUUAGAGUGCUCCAUGGAUAAGGGCCAUCCAGGGUAUGGAAAGGAAGUUGACAUGUGGAGUAGUGGUGUGAUCAUGUACACCCUGCUGGCUGGCUCGCCGCCCUUCUGGCACCGGAAGCAGAUGCUCAUGCUGCGGAUGAUCAUGAGCGGGAAGUACCAGUUCAGCUCUCCAGAGUGGGAUGAUCAGUCAGACACAGUCAAAGAUCUGAUUUCCCGGCUCCUGGUGGUGGAUCCUAAGAAGCGCUACACAGUCAACGAUGCGCUGGCCCACCCGUUCUUCCAGCAAUAUGUCGUGGAGGAAGUACGGCACUUCAGCCCUUUAAGGAAACUUAAGGUCAUCUGCCUGACAGUUCUGGCAUCAGUCCGCAUCUAUCAUCACUAUCGGAAUGUCAAGCCAAUUACCAGGGAGGUAAUGAUGAGAGACCCCUACGCUCUGAAACCCAUUCGCAAACUGAUUGAUGCCUGUGCCUUUAGAAUCUAUGGACACUGGGUGAAGAAAGGAGAAGCACAGAACAGAGCAGCCCUGUUUGAGAACACUGCAAAGGUGAUUUUGCUGAGCUUAGCCGCGGAGGAAGCGUUAUUUUGAUUUAUCCCUGAGUAAAACUGCUUCAGCACCAUCUUAGCUUAAGUUUGUAAGAGCUAAGGCGAGCAGACGCUCUGAAAAACUAACCGCAGUCUCCUUUAUGUUUUCCCAAUAAAAUCUCAGUAGAUAAUAUUAAAACCCAGGGUGCGCCAAACCCUGACAUCCUUAUUUGGCCUUCAAAAGACGCCAUGUGCACAAACCUCUGCAGAGCCCCAUCCAACUUCAAUGAGUUUUGCCUGUGUAAGGCCCCCGUGCUUUGGCCUUGCCAGACCGAUAUUCAACUUUCCUACAAAAUUACAUUUAAGGGCCUGGUUUUUUUAGAAGUGGCCUCUAAUUUUGCAGCUGUAAUUAACAGUGUGUGUAAAUAUACCCUCAGAUCAGGCAGGUGAACA